AACUAACAAUUUCUGUUUGGUUGAGAGAUAGAGAGAAGGUCUCCAUGUUUCCUGGUUUGCCAGUGGGAUAAAGAGGCAGUGUAGAACGCCUCCUCCUGCUUUUCGUGGUGUCAAGAUCAUCAAGAGUUGUGCUGCUAGUCUGUCUUGGGGUAUAAAUGUCUUCUGAAGAUUUGGAAGCCCAGAAGGAUGAGUUGCUUGCUUUAGCAAGUAUCUAUGAUGAUGAAGAAUUCAGGAGUGAUGAGGGGGCACAUGGGGGUGAAAUAAGGGUCCUUGUGGACCUGCCUGAAGAUUUCAGAAUUAUUGUUAGGGACAAAAAUAAUGAAACUGUGGAGAAUGGCCAAUUGGAAUAUAAAGUGUCUUUUUUACCUCCACUUAUUCUAAACUUUGAAUUUCCGGAUGAUUAUCCAUCUGCUUCUCCUCCCAGGUACUCUCUGAGUUGCAAGUGGCUUACAAGACUUCAGCUUACAGCAGUCUGCAAGCACUUGGAUGAACUUUGGAAUGAAAACAAUGGCAGUGUUGUCUUGUUUACAUGGAUGCAGUUCCUGAAGGAAGACCUCCUCAAGUUCUUAAAUUGUGAGUUGCCUUUUGAAAUAAUAAAUGGAACCAAGGGUGUGAAAAAAGAAACAUUGGACAACAGAGCAAUUCAAGAGGUUGACCCCAGAAUAUACCUUUUGCCUAUCCUUCUUGACUUUGAUCAAGCCCAGCAGCAAAAACUAUUUGACAGCAAAACAUAUAUAUGUGGUGUUUGCUUCACAGAGAAGAUUGGAUCUGCUUGUUUGUAUUUUAAAGAAUGCAAGCAUGUGUACUGCAAAGCCUGUCUCACAGAUUAUUUUCGGAUACAGAUCACAGAUGGUAAUGUCCAUUUUCUUAACUGUCCUGAACCAGAAUGUACCUCAUCUGCUACCCCUGCACAGGUGAAGGAACUAGUGGAAGAAGACCUUUUUGCUCGGUAUGACAGACUACUUCUCCAGUCCAGUUUGGACCUGAUGGCAGACAUAGUGUAUUGUCCUCGAAAGAUGUGUGAAACAGCAGUAAUGGUGGAGACUUCCAAUGCCAUGGGUAUUUGUCCUCGUUGCCAAUAUCCUUUCUGUAUUUCCUGUAAGAAGACUUACCAUGGUGUAUCUCCCUGUAGGAGAACAAAAGAGGAGAUUCUUGAGUUUUGCAGCCGGUACCUUGAAGGGUCAGAAGAGAAAAAAAAAUUGUUGGAGCAGACAUAUGGAAAGAGGGAGAUCGAAAAGGCCUUAGAAGAGUCUUGUAGUGAGGAAUGGCUUACGAAGAACUCCAAACCCUGUCCCCGGUGCAAUACAAAUAUUCAGAAAGUGGAUGGAUGCAAUAAGAUGACAUGUAUAGGCUGUAGGAAUUAUUUCUGCUGGGUAUGUCUGGGCUGCCUCAAUAAAUAUAGACCCUACAGUCAUUUUGAAGAUGCAUCUUCACCAUGCUUUAAUCAGUUGUUUGAAAUCUUGAAUGAAGACAAUGACGAUGAAGAUUAGGAGGAUAUCUAUGACCGAGUCCAGAUGAUAACCUACGUAUUGUGAUUCUCUAAGUUUAAACAAAAUCACAGUUGUGCUGAUUGAAUAAAAAAAAAAUAUAAGAUAGAGUAAAUAAAACUGAACUUAAGGUGGCGGGUCAAGUCUAUCCAAAAGACAUUUAUAAUAUGUUAACAACCCUAUGUUGCACUUUUAAUAUUUUUGAAUAUUGAAAGAAUACCAGAAUAAAAUGGUUAGAUUUUUGGCUUAUUCAUGCUGUAAUGCAGGAAAGAUAAUAAUGGCAUAACUGUUUACUUUGUUCUUGUAGUUGUGGAAUCCUGUGUAAUUUAUGUUCAUUGUUAAUCAGUUCUAUUAAUGAAACCAUUUUUUGGCUUAUUAACUUGAACUCUAGAAAUACAAACCUAUAUUUUGUAAGCGAAAAUAUAUGAAGAGCCCAGCCAUGAAUCCUGUUACAGUCCUGCUGAAUUCCUGAUUCUCUUUUAAGACAAGCUGAUGGCCUUCUGAUUGUAAAUUAGUUGUUACAUUUUUUUUUGCAAGAGAUUGAAAUUUUUGACGAAUCUAAAGCUUUUGCUCCUCCCCCAUAGACAAUAGGUUAUGAUGGGGGAGGAGCAAAAGCUUUAGAUUCGUCAAAAAUUUCAAUCUCCAGAUCUUAUUGUUUUAGGGUGUCCUAAUACCAAAAACAUUUCUAUCUCGAUGAUUGGGGUGUGUGUUGGUGUGUGUGUCACAGUUUCUUGAGAACUAAAGUGGCCGGACAGUAAAAUACCAAACUUGAAAAUUAAGCCUGUUAUGAGAUGACGAUGUGCUGUUUAGUUUUUGAGCCAAAUUGUGCAAGAGAAAGAGGCCCUCGAGGAACCCUCAAAUACCGCAAUUCUGCAAUUAAUUAUAAAUUCUUCUUGUAGGUUGGUAUCGUAAUGACCUAUAUUAUGUUCAGAAAGAUCAGCAUCAGAGCGGAGAGUAAUUGCUGAAAUGUUAUAGAGUAGUUUAGGUAAUUUGGUUCUUAGGGCACAAAGCCUACCGAUGCUCACGUCCGAAUUUUUUACUGGUCAUUUUGUAAGUGUGUGAGUCCAACUGCUAAUUUGUACAGAAGAGCUUCUUUCCUUCCAUCUUGAAGGCACAUUUUUGCAUUAUCAACCAAUGUCUUCAAGUGUCAGCUUCACAUUUUUGCUGGAAAAAAUAAGUUGAAUUAACUUUAAUAUUUUUUUAGAAUUCCUAAAAUCUAGAUUAAGUCUUCUCUGCUGAAGACCAAAGAGGUUAAUUACGGUCAACUUGUUGGGGCUGGGCAAAUCCUUUAGUCUAGAAAUGCACUUUAACAGGUUCUAAUGCUGCUCUGUUUUUUGUAGGUGGACAGAACUGAACUGAGUUAUCCAAAUGUAGACUUACUUGCAUAUUUUACAGCUUGAGACUAGCAUCCUAUCAUUCUACAGAAUGUCUGAUACAGAUUAACAUUUUAUUUACCAUUGUGAUGUGUGUCAACAAACUACACCAGGUCAUCAUCAUAA